AUGCUGAUAGUCUGUUGCGGGUGUGGCUUAGGCGUGGAGAACGUUACCACAAUCACUGCCUUGUCCAGACGGAUCGAUGGGGUGGAGGGAGUGUCAUGGUGUGGGGAGGGAUCAGUUGUCAUCACCGAACAGCACUCCAUGUUUGCCGUGGCAGAAUUAAUGCCAUUUACUACCGGAAAACGUCUUGCAAAAUCACGUCAUUCCCACAGAGUCGGGAGCGCUGAAAAGACAAUGAUCUUGGACAUGCAUAACCAGCUGAGAGCAUCAGUGACGCCUUCCGCCGCUAAUAUCAUGAGACUGGCAUGGGAUGAUGAGGUUGCCAUGGUAGCGCAGGCUUGGGCCGAGGCGUGUCAGCUAAAACACGACCAGCCUAAACACAGGGCGGUUCCAGGAAGGUUAUCACUAGGUCAAAACGUAGCAGUGGGGAAGCUUAACUGGACUGUGGCUAUUUUGUCAUGGUACGGCGAGAAGGAGAAUUUUACAUUUGGUGGAAACAAUUCUCUGGAACACACCGCUCAGUACUUUCAGAUGGUGUGGGCUGAAACCACCCGACUAGGAUGUGGGUAUGCGGACUGCGACGGAACCAGUUUCUUUGUUUGUAACUACGGACCAAGUUUCAGCCGAAGAUACGGGACCGAUCUUCCAUACCACCAGGGGGCGAGUUGUGGCGACUGUCCAUCGAAAUGUGUGGCUGGACUCUGUGACUGCGGUUUAAAGUUUUGUGAAAACGAAGGAGAAUUACACCCAGAUACAUGCUCCUGUUGUUGUAUAACACACUUCUACAAACAAGACACGUGCUUGUUGGACUGCAGCGACGUGGUCGAAGAUGAAGCGCUGUGUGGGGGAGACGACGUCAUUUCUAAGUGCAACAACUACCAUAUUACCAGUGUGUACUGUCCGCGUCGGUGCAACGUUUGUCCAUAUGCUGAUGUUAACUACACAGACGUUGGCGUGACGUCACCUCCGUUAUCCGGACCUACAAAACGGCCACCAGUCUCGGUAUCACGUUCAUCGCAUGCGCAAUGUACAUUGAUGUUAGUUAUCUGCUGCACUGCUGUCAUGGCGGCCAUCAAUGGAUUAGACCAAAUAACUGAGUAAAAAUACUAACGUCCUAAACCAAAUUACACCCAUCCAAUGGAAUGAAAACUUUAAAAUUGUAUCAGUAUUAUGAUGACCUGUUAUUAUAUAUAUAUACAGAUAAACAGGCAUGAGAAAAAAAGUUACCAUUUACAAAUAUUUAAAAAAAUCUUUUUAAUACGAAUUACGUCUAAACACUUGCAGCACUCGCCUGAUGCGCGGUCAGCUUAGGAUCGAUCCCUGUCGGUGAGCCCAUUGGACUAUUUAUCGUUUCAGUCAGUGUCCUACGACUGGUAAACCAAAAGACCUUGGUAUAUGCUAUCCUGUCUGUGAGAUGGUUCAUAUAAAAGAUCCCCGACUACUAAUUGAUACA